UCUCUGAGGAUGAAUCCAUACAGACAACCGAGAAUCCAAACUCCACAGCUCAAUCAGCAGACACCGACGAGAACGAAUACGAUAUCAUGAUGAACGAUGCUGAAAUCCAUACCACCGGGGCACCAAGUGAUCUUUCUGAUCAAAUACCCGACACAAAAUACACGUAUGACACGAGGUUCAAAGCUGCACCAGAUAUCGCAACCUCAUUGGACGAAGAGAAAACCACAUUAGUGAUCUCAAACAAAGACAAUGACACAACACUUCCAGUAACAUCACCAACGUCAGAUGCACUGGAGUCCUCAUCACUACCCUCCAAUUCACCUCCGGUGACUGAAACAACCGAAUCUGGUAUCACUGAACACACCAGGCAAACCGGCUCAACAGUUCGACCAAUCACUUCGACAACCACCAUCCACUCCACCGAGACUGAAUACAAGGUUCUUGCUCUGGUCUCGGAUAUCAUCGUGCCAGGUUCCAUUAUUCAGACUGAACCUGAAUCGGUCUCAGAGGGACUAACAAAUUUCGAGACGGAUAGCAUCAGCUCGGUUGCGGUCAAUCACGUGAUUGGGACUAGCACUAUGUCGACCGCAUCAGAUCGACCACAUCAAUCCACAACAGAAAUCGAUACGGAUCAAGGUGCCACCACCAGCGUCCCGACUGUGAAUGAGUCACAACCAGUCACCACCCCGACAUCCCCAGCCUCAAACGCAUUCACGGAACAGCAUGACGCUGACAAACAUUCAACUACCAGUUCGGAUGCACAACUCGUCCCUGAGGAUGGGGAAGCAACCACAGACAGAAACUUCUCAUACACCUCAAACAAUUUAAGUCAUAUUGUCCCACCAGAGGCCUCAGCCAGAGAAAACACGACUACCGCAAACAAUACUUUCAUUCACAAAGAUUUUCAACAUCGUAAGUUGAAUCAUAGAUUGAAUAAUCUUCCGGUUUUAACAACUCAAACACAAAUGUAUAAGUUAAUUCAAUGCCUUAUGCACCUAACCGCCACCUCACCGCCCUCCAGCCCCCUUCCUCAAAAAAGUACCUAA